AUGUCCAAUGCAAAAGUCUUGAUCCGUCCACCUCCUCAUAAGAACUUUGUUCAAGGCUAUCCUUCGAUUCCAGCUGAUCCUAAUCACGAUCGUCCAGCUCCUCAUCUAGCCGGCACUGUAGAGGUUCGGCCUGGCUCUAAAGGCAUUUACGCUGCCUAUCUUCACAUCGAAUUACAAAAAAUCGAAUCUAUUCCUUCUCCCAAAGGUCUCAUCGUCAAUACCAAUCAUGGUAUCUCCCGUCAUACCGAUACAAUCAACUCUAAGCCGGUUGUCCUCUGGAGCUCGCCUAACACGGCCCGAAUCCAAGACGAACCUGCUCCCAAAUCCAAGCAUAAGAAAGCCGCAGCUUCAACUUCUAGCGAGUCUCCUCAUUCUAGAUCGUCUAGUGCGCCAUUCAAAGACUCAUCAAAUCUGGACUUGAGCAAAUCUAUCCCCGAAUCCAAAUCUGGCGCGUCCCAGACUUCAAACGCGUCUGCGGCAGGUGUUUUAGCAUGGGCACCAUUGGCCUCGGGUGAUUUUGAGUUCAAAAUCGAUUUGCCUCAAGAUCUUCCGCCCUCUCUCAUCCUGGAUUCAAAAGUCAGAACUGGAAUCAGUUAUGUAUUGCAAGCCACUCUCUGUGCUCGUCCUCGUCAUCCAUCAGGCAGUGCUACUUCUUGGUUCAGACGAAACAGUUCACCAUUGCUGGUUACCGCUUCUGCUGUUGUCGAUAUAGUUCGUCAUGAUCUACAUUCCUCUUGGCCGAUCUAUCAGCCUAUACCUCCUGAGCUUCGUACCGUUGAAGACCGUGGUCUAACAAUGGAAGUCACGCGUCGGACCAUAGCUCUUGGUCCGGGGGAUGAUAUCACUGCUCAUAUUAAGCUAGAAAGCCAGUCUGUUCAUCCUAUCAAGGUCAACCGGUUCGAAAUUAAUCUCAGCGAAGUAACUUGUUACUUUCAUCCCGGAAAGUCUCCUAAACCAACAAAAACCAAAUCCAUUCCCGAUGAUGAAUCCAACAGCACUGUGAAAAACAACUCUCCACCAAAGAAAGAAACGGCAAGUAGCCCAAAGAAAUCGGACAUUCCCGACAGAAAAAUCAGUACGGUAGUUGAUGUUCAUGCAAGAGUUCAACAAACUUUGCUUCACAAGAACUGCCUAGCAUUCGACGUGCGAGGUAUCCUCCCAGAUACACACUCCAGAGUUACUGUUAACACUGCCCAAUAUCUUUCGAUUCAUUAUCUUAUGCAUGUCAGAGCUGUGUUGGAACCCACUGGCAAAUACUCUGAUAAGAAGAAGAUGCCCCUCGAGCUGAUCAUCGCUGAGCUGCCUAUCAUCAUUGGUGAUCGAGGUCGAGCUCUUUCAAAGACCACGAUUCAGCAAAUAGGAGUGGUACCAACACUCUGCCUACCUGUCACUACCUCCAGGCCAGAUAUCCUUCGAUCUCAGACCAGCGCUCCUCAUGAGACUCAUCGAAACAAUCAUUUGGGUCAACACCCAUCUUUCCGACAUCCUCAGGCCUUGAGUCCUCAAUCGAUCACUUCUUUCACGGGCGUGGGCGCUGGCGUAGGUGUUCCAUUCCAAUAUCCUCCCCUUCAUGGAAACGGCCCGAGACCAUUUCCUUCUGCCAUCACCCCACAUCAUUCCGCCCAUCAUCCCGCCAUUUUUUUCGAACCCCACGGUGUCCCAAGGCCUGGACCUUCAGACUCUCGGCAGUCUGGUCAUUAUCCUUCACAUUCACAUCAAACUCAAACCACCUCUGAGUCCUCUCGCAAGACUACAUUUGACCCCCGGGUAUCCUAUCAUCAACCCAUCUUGAAUGAUGACCCUACUCGAGCGCGAGCUCCGAAAGGUUCUUUUCGUACCACUCGCAGUUCUAGUCAACCUAACCUGGAAAGCACACCGGAGGCUCCUGAAGGCGAUCCUUACAGUCGAGCCAGAUCGGCUACCCCAUCUCGCGCCUCAGAAGUCGAAUGGCCUAUCACGUCUAUCAACUCUAUGCCAAAUCAUCCAGAGGCUUUAAGACCUGCACCUCCACCCCCACUAGGUGCUUACCAACGCGUCAUCAGUGGAUCAGUAGACGAAAAACAACAACUGUUUUUAAAAGCCAAAGCUGAAGCUGAGCAUACCCAGAGCUUAUUUCACAGGACUACACCCGAUACUUUGAGCCGUAGCGUCACAUUAUAUUCACAGAGUUCGUAUGUACCAUCACGAAACUCGAGGAUGGUAUCUUUGACAUCCACCAACCCAUUGGACUCUCCCACAUUCGGGAAUCUCGAUAAUGCGGUUCCCGAACAGCAGAACUCAGGUUAUGCGACGGCUGAAGAUGAUAAAAGGGCACUAGGCGCAUCUUAUCGGAACCGUCGAGUUGAUUCGAUAGGGGCAGGAUCGAUGUUGACAACGACCACCUUACCUACAUAUGGAGCUCACGUCGAUCAAACAGCAGAUGACAAUGGAACAGGACCAGAUAUAAGUCUACAUCUGACCAACCAAAGUUCACAUGAAUCAAACUCAUAUCAGGCUGAAACCAGUAUGGUGGAUCAUGGCUCUUCAUCACUUUACUCUGAUCGAGCUUCUACUCCCACGUCACUACCACAUCAUUCGCUCCCAAUGUCAACUCAUCAUACUCCAUCUCCAUCACAUCGGCAGGCACCUUCGUCUUCACCUCAUUAUACAAUUUCACCGCCUACUCAUCAUACACUCUCGCCAUCCCACCGCCAUACACUUUCACCGUCGCCUCAUCAUACAGUUUCCUCAUUACCCCUCUCAACCCUCUCACUAUCACAACGUCAUACAUUCUCAUUGUCUCCAUCACCCCAGCGUGAUCACUCACCCCCACCACCCCCAGUGAAUCUAAAGACACGUCCAUCUUUCAAGGUGGGUGAGGUAACAUCCACUGAGACCACCCCAAACCAUAAUGUUACUCCUAUUCAACCUAUCCCACAACCACCACCUACACUAAUUGAUCCACAGAGAGAAGCAUAUCUUAAAGCAGUAGCCCAAAGAGAAGCCUAUCUUUCAGGACAAGUCGGCAUGAUCUAUGAAGCACUCCAAAAUGAUCGAGAUGUGGUAGUCAGUGCAUUAGAAGAGAAGGCUAGGUUAAGAUUAGCAUGGGAAACAGAACAAAGAAGAGAAGUGAUGGAAAAUGGAAAUGGGAAUGGGAGUAGUAGUCUUGUAGGAGGUGGAGGUGGUGGAAAUGAACCUUUUCUUUCUCCUUCUGGAUCUUCUGUUGCUUCUAGUGUGGUUGUUUCACCUGUGAUUAAUCCACCUACGAUCAAUGAAGAAGAAGAGAUUGGAAAAGUCGUAGAAGAAGUUAGAUCAAAAGAGUCUAAUGGAAAUGUUGGAUUGAUUAGAAUGCCUACUGCUAAUAGAAAAUUAGUGACACAUGGGAAUUGGUUUGAUUAA